AUGCCCAACCGCCUGCAAGACCGCACCGCCCUCAUAACCGGCUCCUCCUCAGGCAUCGGCCGCGCCACCGCCCUGGCCUUCAUCGCCGAGGGCGCCAAAGUCUGCUGCGCGGACCUGCAACCAGGCACCUGGCGCGAAGCGGCUUCGGACGAAACGAACGGUCCCACGCACGAAGUUAUCCAACAGCAGGGCGGGGAGGCGUUCUUUGUCAAGUGUGAUGUAACCAAGGCGGAGGAUGUCGAGGCCGCGGUGAAGGGCGUGGUGGAGAGGUGGGGACGGUUGGACGUUAUGGUGAACAACGCCGGCUUCGCCCUCGAAUCCCGCAACCCGGCCCCCAUCUGGCACAUCCCCCUCGAACUCUACCACAAGACCAUCGACGCCAACGUCAACGGCGUGUACUACGGCGUCAAGUACGCCAGCAAGCAGAUGAUCACGCAGGAGCCGCUACAGCCGAGCGGGGACCGGGGCUGGAUUUUGAACGCCGCGAGUGUGUUUGGGCUGGUGGGGAGUCCGUAUUGUAGUUCUUAUUGCACAUCCAAAGGCGCCGUGGCGAAUCUCACGCGCGCAGCAGCUUUGGACUGCGCGCCCUACCGCGUCCACGUCAACGCCGUCAAUCCGGGUUACACGGCGACGCACAUGACGGAUCCGGCGUUUGGGAAUCCAGAGAUCAAGGCACAGGCGGAGGGCUUGCAUCCUUUUAGGGGGUUGGGGCGGCCGGAGGAUUUGGCCAAGGCGUAUGUGUUUUUGGCGAGCGAUGAUGCGGGGUGGAUGACGGGGGUGAAUUUGCCGGUUGAUGGGGGGUAUACGGCGAGGUAG